AAUGGGCACGUCUUCCAUGGGUCACUGUUCCAUAGCAACGUGCAUUGCCACAUCGCUCCUUUUAUUUUCCUGAUGUUUCAUGUCUUUGGACUUAGCUUCCAGAGCUGUGUGGUUUUACUGGUUAUCCACGUGAGCGUGUUAAAAAGAAGUAAACACUCCAUAUUAUGGAGAGCGGAAUGACUCACUCCCAUGGACUCCAGACUAAAAGAAAGGCAAAAAAGGGAAGCCAAAUACCUUGGGAAUCUCAUUAUUUUAGGUCAUUUUUGUUACCUUUGGCAUAUCCAAUCUCCUUCUGAGAUGAUGGAAGCGGUUUGCCCUGCAGUUCAACCGCCCUUGUCUUCAGAUGCGUCUCCCAUUGUGUGAGACGUUCCUCAGCCCCGCUGUUCGCCAGCAUCUGGCACGUCCUGGCUUGCCCUGGCCACCAGCUGCCCUUAUGCCCGCUGCUGUGGCCAGCUCAUGCGGGCGGGGGACGAGGUGACUUACUGCGCAAAUGAAGGGGAUGAGAGGCUGCCCAGCUGGGUGGGUACAGGUCUUCUCUAUUGUCCUCGGAUGUAAGCCAGUGCCACCCACCACCGCCCAGGGACUUGCCCUGCAUGCUCAGCUUGUGUAGAGACAGCUCUGCUCCAAUGCCCCAGGGCUGCUCACAUCUCCUGAAAACCUCCCCUGUAGCUCCCAUCAUCCACCAGCUGGCCCCUGGUGACAGGAUUUGGCCACACCUGUGCCAUUCACAACUGUCUUCACCUGCCAGCAGGAAGGAGGAAGGGAAGAAGGAAGAGCAGGAAGAAAGGGAGGGAAGGAAGGAGGCUGCAUUUAGCAGCUAUCUCCCACAGCUAGAGCUACAGCAGCCGACAGUCACCGUGAGAGACGUUCACAAUGUCCUCGGCAACUUCCACCGCCUCUUUGCCCAGCGGCCUGGAUGUUCUGACAACUUUCCCAGAUGUGCUCUUCAUUCCUGAAAUCGUCUUUGGGGGCCUUGUCUGGAUCUUGGUGGCAUCCUCGAAGGUCCCGUUACCCAUAGUGCAAGGCUGGGUGAUGUUUGUCUCUGUGUUCUGCUUCGUCAUGUCCACCGCCCUCCUGUGCCUCUACAUCUGCGGGGCGCACGGGGGCAGCAGCUCCUGGGUCGCCUUGGAUGCCAUCUGCCAAGUGACAGCAGCUCUGUUCUACCUCAGUGCUGCCGUGUUGGAAGCCUACUUCACCUAUAGCAUCCGCUUGUUUUCUGACAACCCUCUGAUACUAACCAUCUACCGGGAGAACAUCGCUGCUGUGGUCUUUGCGUUCUUAGCUACCCUGAUGUAUGUGAUCCAUAAGGUGUACUCGCUCCUGCGAUGGAAAUCAUCCUAGGCGCCUCCCCUCGCAAGUGUGUCUUGUGGUCACCCUAGGAACACGAAAAGUUGUUCAACGACUGCAGUUUCCAGGCUGGGUUUGGGUUUUGUUUUUUAAUGUAUAUACUACAAACAAGCAGCUUUUUAUGUGGGACCAUGGCAACGAAGACAAAGAGCCUGCCAGAGAAAGCAAUAUCCUGCCACAAGCUGUUUCCCUUCAGUCUCUUCUGGGUUGGGUACGGUUUGAUGCUGGUAAAAUUGGGGCCCAAGUAGAAAAACAUCCAGCUUCAAAAAGUAUAGUUGGGUUUGAAGUGUUAAAAUCUCCCUGAACCACACCUUUAUGCCUCCGGGCUUAUUAUUGCUAUCAGGGGAAGCCUGGACAACCAACACUAAGGAGCAUGAGUAUGAAACUGGGUCAUUUUAAUUGCCGCCCAUCCAUGUAAGCCUGUUUUCCUCCCUAAACCUGCUGUGCCAAAAGAAAAUUUUCAUGCAGUUUCUGGAAAUGCCACCUCUGACUUGUGAUGAGAAACGGGGAUGAUAUUUAGCUUGCCUCAGGGGCAAUAUGAGUUACUGCAACCCCUGAAGGCUAUCGCUGAACUACGAGGCACAACCGUAAUGUCAGGAAAUACUGCUGCCUUUAAUCCCCCUCCCAAAUACAAUUUGGAAGGUGCAAGGUAGACUGUAGGAGUUGUAUGGCUGAUUGAUUGGAAUAAGCAAAGGCGAUCAACUCUUGUCUCUGGUGCAUGGCUGCUCUCACAUACACCAGCGCUACGUCGCUAAUGAAGAUGGGUUUGCUGUGAUUCUGCAAAUAGACAGGAGUCAUUUCUGGCACUUUCCCUUUGCUGUACACAGGUACGCAGCCCCGCACAGCCUCAGGAGCUGCACUGGGACAGGGCAAUGCCUAAGGAGGAGGCACAGGCUUGGACAUGAAUUCAGAGGGCUCUUCUGGCCAGGGGAGCCUGCAGGGUUCUGUAGGGCCAAGGGCUAAAGUAACUCAGGUUAAUCUCAGUGAUGAUGUUCAUCUGAACGCUUAAAUUACCCCAGAGGGUUAACCUGAGUCAAGAGUCAAGGCCUUUUCUGCUCCUCACCCUGCCAGCGCCAGGCUGGGGGUGCAGGAGGAGUUCAGAGGGGACACAGCCGACCCAAGCGAUAUUCCAUA